AUGGCUGCACCGGUGAUAGAGAAGAAACGGUUCUUCUGUCGCGAAUGGGCGUUCACAAAGCUGUCCCAUUGCUUGGAACAGAGGCCAGCUUCGAAGACGUGCGGUGUUUUAGUAGUCGGCGGUCCAGGAAGUGGGAAGACCGCGUUCAGCGCGGAAUUGGCCUGGCCGUCGGCUGGUGCCAACGCUAGACAUCAGAGAUCCUUAAACAGGAGAUUAUUGGCCAGGCAUUUCUGUCAGGCUAGGAGCGAGGCUUCCUUGUCGCCGGCUCAAUUCGUCAGGUCUCUGGUCGCUCAGCUUCUGCAACCUGGUUCAGAUGGGAUUCACAGAGUGGCCUCGAGCUCCCCAAUACCAGGCAGCACAACCGCCACCAACGCCACGACAGUGCCGUUAACAUCGAGAGAAAUGGUGGCAGAAGCCUACGCUGAGAAGCUUCGAACCGAUCCAGAGAUACAAGCCGCUCUGCAGCCGGACGUCCUCGAUAGAGACCCCGACGAUGCUUUGAAGAAAGCGCUGCUGUUCCCUCUAUUGGAGUUAGAGCCACCGAAAUGCUGUCUGUUCCUGUUAGUCGACUCGAUCGACGAGGGACAGACGCUGGAUCUCCCUCAAACUGGCACCAGAGACUCAAGAAGGGAAAACGAUAACGUCAGCAGGACGAUCGCUGAAUUAUUGGCCAAUCAUCAUCAUCUGUUCCCUCAGUGGUUGCUUCUAGUUUGUACUGCUCGACGCCAGAGCAAACCGAUCUCGCGAAUGUUCAGCGGCUUUCGAAAGAUCCCUUUGGAUGAUCUAAGGAAAUCUUUGGUUGUGAGAGACAUUCAGCAGUACAUCCUUGCACGAUUGGAUCAAGAAGAUGCUCUCAGGUAUUGGCAUUGGAACCACUGUUGGAACCUAGAUACUUUAAGAAUUUCAAUUCUGACACUACCGGUUCAAUUUUUUCACUUUCCUACAUAUUUAAAUGUUUUAGAUAAAUGUAUUGUUAAUUUCUAUUUAUCCAGGCAGCACAUCUCGCGCGACACAGCCGAGAUGCUAAACCAGCUGCACAUCAAGAGCAACGGCUGUUUCCUCUACCUGGAGAAAGUUCUCGACGGAGUGGCUGAGAACUUCAUCGUUCUACGCGAAGUUCGCGAGAUACCGGGCACCCUGAAUGGCCUCUACCUGUGGCUGUGUCAAAGGCUCUUCAGUCGGAAGCAAUUUGCCAAAGUUCAACCUCUACUGAACGUGAUCCUAGCCGCGAAACUGCCCAUCACCCAGGAGAUACUCUACAAAUGCGUGAAAACCGCGUGCGCCAACAUCACAAUAGAAGACUUCAAUCGACGUUUGCAUCUUCUACGCAGGGUCAUCUCUGUUUCUCGUGCAGGUGCACUGAUGCUGUUCCAUCACAGUUUCGCUGAAUGGUUGCUGGAUGUGAAACACUGCACGCAGAAGUAUCUGUGCUCCGCUGUAGAGGGUCACGCGAUGCUGGCCGCGUAUUACACCCUUCGUGGCCCGGAAUUGAACGCCGAUGAAAUCUGCGUGCUUGGUCAACAUUUACAACGGGCGAUAACCAGCGUCGCUACCACAAAUUGUAACCUGGACGUGCACACGCUUCAAGUGCUCUGGAUGAUAGGCAGCGGAGCACCGAUAGAAGAUUGCUACCUGGACAGCUCGGAGUGUAUACUCUGGCCCAGGCAGGAAGUGAAGUUGCUGAAACUGUUGAUCGACGCGGGUGCCAAACCCUCCGAGAAGGUCGUCGAAGACGACGCCAGCAAGGAUGCUGUCUCUUCUAGUCAAGUCUCGCAAGAUGUAAGCCCAAUGGAUGAAUCUCCCAGCGAGCCAUUAACGGAACUGCUCGGCGAAAGCGGGGACAUCAAUCAAGCUGAUUCUUGCGGGCGAACAGUGCUGCACACGCUUGCUGCGGAUGGUAAUGCAUCUCUGCUGGAGCUGGCUCUGGCGACGUGUCCUCAGGUGGUGCGAGUUCUGUUAGCUGCAGGGGCUUGCGCGGAUCACGCUGACUGCGAUGGAUGGACGGCCCUGAGGGCUGCUGCCUGGGGUGGACAUACCCAGGUAGUCGAAAUGCUGCUGGAGCACGGAGCAAUGGUGGAUUGCGCCGAUUGGGAUCAACGGACAGCGCUCAGGGCAGCCGCAUGGGGUGGCCACGAGGACAUCGUUAAAGCGCUUCUGCAACACGGCGCCGACGUCAACAGAACCGAUGACGAGGGUAGAACCGCCUUAAUUGCCGCUGCCUACAUGGGUCACAGCGAGAUCGUCGAACAUCUUCUAGACUUUGGCGCGGAGAUCGAUCACGCGGAUAACGACGGAAGGACUGCCCUCAGCGUAGCUGCCCUCUGUGUACCCUCCAAUCACGGCUAUGCAAAAGUGGUCACGAUCCUCUUGGAGAGAGGAGCUGCAGUCGAUCAUCAGGAUAAGGAUGGCAUGACACCAUUGUUAGUGGCCGCGUUCGAGGGGCACAGAGACGUUUGCGAGUUGCUGCUGGAAUACGAGGCUGAUGUGGAUCAUUGCGAUGCUACUGGGCGCACACCUUUGUGGGCAGCUGCCAGCAUGGGUCAUGGAUCAGUGGUCGCUCUUCUCUUAUUCUGGGGAUGCUACGUUGACAGCAUUGAUAACGAGGGCAGGACCGUUUUGAGUGUGGCUGCUGCCCAAGGUGGCACCGACGUAGUGAAACAAUUGUUGGACAGAGGCUUGGACGAGCAACACAGGGACAAUUCAGGAUGGACGCCGUUACAUUAUGCGGCAUUCGAAGGCCAUAUCGACGUUUGUGAAGCAUUGUUGGAAGCCGGAGCGAAAAUUGACGAAACUGACAACGAUGGGAAAGGUGCUCUGAUGCUAGCUGCCCAAGAAGGGCACGCUGCGUUGGUUGAAAGGCUCCUAGAACAGCAUAGAGCACCGAUCGAUCAACACGCUCACGAUGGAAAGACUGCUCUU